UUCAUUCAACCACAUUCAAGUUCAUCCUUAUAAAAGGUGUGAUGCGAGAUUGGGCUUGCAUGUAGUUGAUUCCUAUACAAUAUUUUGCGAUGAGGUAGCAUCAGUUCAAUAAAAAUAACAUCAAACAACAAAAUAUUAUGCCUUAAGUUAUUGCGUGAAUAGAAAGAUCUUGGAAAUGCCGAACAUGAGUAAAUCCUCGGUUGUCAGUGAAGAAUAUGAGGUAAUUGGUGACCCACAAUGGCAGGUCUUCGAAAACGCUGUAGACGACCAAAUCAUCAGGAUCCGUGGAUACAAAUAUUCAAAAUUGCGGUCAAUAUUAUUUCACUCAGUUUGCCUAGCAUUAGGUGGGCUGCCAUAUUUUGCAUUAAGUAAUUAUCCUAAAUAUUACAAAUUACAAUACAUAAAAAGCAGUUUGAAAUAUGCCAAUGUCAUCUGCGGAAAAUGUGUAUCACACCCCGAAAAGAAGUUUGAUAUGGAACCUGUGUAUGAAGUGGAUCUCAAUCUCUCCAAUCACCGAGAUAACAAGUUACGAUUCUUCAUUUAUCAACAAAACCGCUAUGUUUGGCUGAGUGACCAUGGAGUUUUUAUCAAUGUUCAAACUCUAAAUGAAAAAAUGACUAUCAAUUUGUUAAUGGAGAACAUGUGUGGUAUCAAUAAACGGCAGCAGAAUGAAUUGUUAAAGCUCUAUGGUUACAAUUCAGUAGAAGUGGAUGUGAAGAGUUACUGGUCAUUAUUCACAAAUGAAGUUUUCAAUCCAUUCUAUUUAUUCCAAAUAUUUUCUAUUGUGUUAUGGUCAUUGGAUGAAUACUAUCAAUAUGCAACGUGCGUAUUUUUCCUCUCCGUGGGCUCUUGCAUGCUGGCAUUGUACCAAACUAAACAGAUGAGCAUAAAGCUGCAUGAGAUGGCGUCUUCAACGAAUGCGCUGACGGUGCGCGUGUUGCGGCCGACGCGCGGCGGCACUGGCCGGGAGGAGUGCGUAGUGACGAGCUCUCGUCUGGUACCCGGCGACGUGCUGGUGCUGCCUCCAGACGGCUGCAUCAUGCCAUGCGACGCCAUGCUCAUUACCGGCUCCUGUAUUGUCAACGAGAGCAUGCUCACUGGCGAAAGCGUGCCAGUAAUGAAAGGGCCGCCUUGUCUCAGCUCCGAAGUGUAUUCGACGGAAACUCACAAGAGACAUACAUUGUUUGCGGGCACGCAUGUUAUUCAAACUCGAUUCUAUGGCAAUAAUCAGGUUUUGGCUAAGGUUGUGCGUACUGGUUUUUAUACAGCAAAAGGAGAAAUGAUCAAGAGCAUUCUGUUUCCCAAGCCAUUUGUAUUCGAGUUCUACAAGGACGCCGUCAAGUUCGUCAUUUUCAUGUUCUGUAUCGCCGCUAUUGGAAUGACGUAUUCCGUUUGGCUGUACAUUUUGCGAGGGAGUUCAGCGGGCACUAUAUUGCUGCGGACACUGGACAUAAUAACGAUCGUGGUGCCGCCGGCGCUGCCCGCCGCCAUGACGGCCGGCAUCGUGUACAGCCAGCAGCGGCUGCGCGCAAACCGCAUCUUCUGCGUCUCUCCCGCGCGCAUCGUCAUCUGCGGCAAGCUGCAGGUCAUGUGCUUUGACAAGACGGGUACUCUGACCGAAGAUGGAUUGGAUUUGUACGCGGUGAUACCAGCCACUGAAGACAAGUUCGGUCGAUGUGUUGUAGAUAUAAACAGUCUGUCUACCACCAGCCCGUUGGUACAAGCUCUAGCGUCCUGUCACUCACUCACCAGUAUACAAGGCGAACUUAAAGGCGAUCCUUUGGAUUUGAAAAUGUUUGAAUUCACACAAUGGGUGCUGGAGGAGCCAGGUCCGGAGAACAACCGGUACGACAACUUGAUUCCCGCAGUGGUGAAGCCGCGCACCGCAGCCAAUGGAAACGCUCAAGAUUUGGACAAUUACGAAACACUCAUGGAAAUGCCGUACGAGAUUGGUUUGCUGCGACGAUUCCAUUUCUCUUCGUCUCAACAAUCAAUGGGUGUUAUUGCACGAGUGCUUGGACAACCGCAAAUGGUGUAUUUCGUUAAAGGAGCUCCCGAAAAGGUAGCGGGUAUGUGUGAUCCAAAGUCUCUGCCGGAGAACUUCAGCACUAUCCUACAUGAGUACACGUCUAACGGCUACCGUGUGAUCGGACUGGCUCAUAAGAAGCUGGAUCGUAAGAUGAAGUGGGUGGAUGCUCAGCGCAUCAAACGAGAUAACUUGGAGUGUGAUAUGAUCUUUCUGGGCUUUCUAGUCAUGCAAAACAGCCUAAAGAAGGAGACCUCAGAAGUUAUUAAGGAAUUACACGAUGCACAAAUAAGACAGAUUAUGGUUACAGGAGAUAACAUAAUGACAGCGAUGUCUGUGGCCCGCGGAUGCAACAUGGUGCAGCCGCAUCAGAAGCUGGUGCUCAUCACUGUCGGCUCCCACCUCGGUGAUGACACACGCCCCCCACUACACAUGGAGGUAGUGGGAGAAGAUGGUCCGCCAUUGCUGUCAAUGGAGUCGUAUGUGAUAGCCCUCGAGGGCAAGACAUGGGCCGUCAUUCGCGCACACUAUCCUGAAAUGAUGAGGACUGUCAUCAAGAAAGGUAUGGUGUUCGGGCGCUUCGGUCCGGAGCAGAAGACGCAGCUGGUGACGUCGCUGCAGGAGGAGGGUCUGGUGGUGGGCAUGUGCGGUGACGGCGCCAACGACUGCGGCGCGCUGAAAGCCGCACACGUUGGCAUCUCGCUAUCGGAGGCUGAUGCAUCUGUGGCAGCGCCGUUUACAUCCAAGGAGCAGAACAUUAGAUGUGUGAAGCACCUGGCGCUGGAAGGUCGCUGCGCUCUCAGUACCUCCUUCGCCAUAUUCAAAUACAUGGCUCUCUACUCACUCAUACAGUUUUUCUCUAUUCUCAUACUAUACAAUUAUUUCUCGAUCCUCGGCAACAAUCAGUUUCUGUACAUCGACUUGGUUCUGACAACUCUUCUGGCGUUGUCGCUGGGUCGCGCCGCUCCUGGCCCCGUGCUCACCAAGCAGACCCCCACAGUGUCGCUGGUGGCACUCGCCAGCAUACUGCCGCUACUGGCACAAGUCUUAUUGGUGUUGUUAUUGCAACUAGCAUCUUUAUAUCUACUACAUGCACAACCUUGGUACCACUCGGUGCAGGGCAACGGGGAGGUGGAGCAGGUGCUGCUGUGGGAGAACACGGUGAUCUUCAUCGUCACCUCCUUCCAGUACCUAGUGCUUGCCUGCGUCUAUGCCAAGGGAUGGCCCUUCCGAGAACCAUUCUGCUCUAACUAUUACAUGGUCCUGACACUGGUGACUCAAUUCGCGUUUGUGCUGAUACUACUGCUGUGUCCGUGGGUCUGGCUGGCCGAGGUGAUGGAGAUCAUGCCGGUGGACCUUCACGACCAGGACCAGACAUACUUCCGCAUAUACCUACUUAUCAUACCCAUCCUGCAUCUCGUACUUGCCAUCGCCAUUGAGGCAACACUAUCUGAAGUGGACAAGCUGGGCUCUUUCUUCCGUACGUUCAGACGUCGUUGCGCUGACAAGGAGGACGCGGCGGACCUCACCUGCCCGCUCUGGUUACCUGACCCUGCCUCGCCCGUCUGCUGACUUGACACAUUUCAAAAACACUGCUUUUAAGGUUAUUUUUUUGUAGGAUCACUGAAAUAUCCACUGGAUAGGUCGCUGCUUGGAAAUGACAGUUUUCGCUUCGUUAUGAUUUAAAAAUCUAUUAUUAGUUCGAGUUUUCGACAGUACCAAGAUGGCGGAAAUGAAAUAGGCACAAAUUACCACGGCUUAUAGCCUAUCCAGUGGAACAUAGAGUGAAUAAGUAUUCAAUAUUUUUGGCGGCUCACGCCUGCGCUGCGCAGUCCGGCUACGUCUAAAAUUGUGUUCUGCGCAGCGACUUGUGCGAUGUUCUGAGCCGCCGAGAUGUUUGAUUUCCUCUAUACUAUAGAACUAUUUAUUAUGUGUGUAUGUGUACUUAGUCAAUAUUUAGUCGUACGAUAGCCCAAAGUGGCGAUAAAAUUACAACUUACUCUAUUUUAAUGUAGAAUGUGCAAUGUUAGUUUACUCAUUCCACAUUUUAUUCUACAAAACUCAUAAAUGUUGUACUUUGUUGUGGGUUUUCACUGUCGACUAUUAGAAAAAUAAUCUAUCAUCCAUCUCGUUAUUGCAGUGAACACCCACGGCUAUAACGAUAACUCGAUUUUUGUGGUCAUUUAAUCAUUGGACUUCGUCGUAACAAUAAUACUUGUAUCUUGGAGAGUUUGACAGUUUUAUAUAAACAAAAUAAUUUAUGUAUGUAUGUAUUGGUAAAUUAUUGUUAAGACUGACCUAUGUGGCCAAAUGAUUCGAUAGGGUGAACUAAUUAAUCAAAACAAAACCAAGGAAUUUUGUUAUAUUUUAUCAAAGACAUUAAGGUUAAAAAUGAAAACUUAUGUAAACCUAAAUGCCUAUUUACCUACUACCGUACUAAUGAAUGGGAAAAUCAGUAUUCUACUAUAAAAGCGACAGUCGUUUCAAAGUUUCGUAAGCAUAGAGACGACGACCCGAAAACAAUAACCAAUAGGACGCAGCUUUUUAAUAUGUUUGUACGAAAAAAGGUUGGUUAAUGAGAUACGAAUAAUUGAUUUUUAGUACAUGAUUGGUUAUUUUUUAAGAAGAGGCGGAGUUUGUCUCAUUGCAAGAAACAAUGCAAUAUUUCUGUAAGUGGAAUACCGAGAAAGGCUCUAACUGUACUUACGUCUUUAUGGCUAGUUUUGUACUUGCAACUUUUUACUUAUCAAUUGCUUUUUCAACGAAAACAUCUGCUCAAUGUAUUAACUUACAAAUUUUAUAUCUCGUCAAAACUUACAUAUCUACUUAAAAACUUUAUGCCUCGCGUGCGUACUUAUAAAUUUUCUACGCCCAUUGUACUUACAAUUGUUUUUGUACUUAAAAAAGUACUUAUUUCAAUUUGAAGAUAAUAGGCUUUUCACGUUUUCUUCGUGAGCAUGCUAUCAAAUAUUGACAUUGAAUAUUACGAAAAGAAAAAAAAUAAUAAUUUAGAAAAGGUGAUACGAGUUUCAAAUAAAAAUGUGCAUGAAAUUACGUCAUGUUGUGACGUCAUCGCUCUCAAAUUGACUAAAUGAAGUGAAUCAAACAUAUAUUUUAAAAUAUUGUGUUAU